CCUUGCUUCCAAACCACCAUCACUCAGCAAUUAUGGCAUCUGAAGCUCAGAUGAAGAGUGAAAUAGCAAGGCUUACAGCGACCAUCAAUUCUCACAAAGCAGCAUCUUCAGACCCAUCAGGAUAUCAAAGGAGCAAUACCUACGUGAACCCCAAUUACAAACCAUUUUACAAGGCCCAGAAUAGCUACAUUCGCCCAGCAAUACUGCCGCCAUCUAGCAAACCGGCAUCAUCGCAUCAAGUAAAGGAAGUUGUUCUCAAUGGCAUCGCUUUCCAGUCAUCAUCGCGGUCGCUUGUCCGUAAAGAUCUUCCGAAGCCAUCAGUACAGAAAUCAUCGGCACCUACGGCUAUGCAACAACCUCCAUCGUUCUCAAGAAAGUCUGGUCACCUUAUUGCCAACAAUCGUGCAUACAAGCCAAAGUCCACUCGCGGCCGACGAGGCGCCCUUGCCAACCGGAAUAUGACUCUGAGCAACAGCCGAAGGCCUUAUCAAACUCGGAAACCCGCCCAGAAACGCAUGAAGUAUAUCGACAAGCCAUGCCCUCGGUUCUCUACUACAGGUGUCUGCAGCCGCGGUCUGACAUGCAUGUAUAAUCACGACCCCAACAAAGUGGCUAUCUGCUGGAACUUUUUACAAGGCAACUGUUCCAAUACUGCUUGCCUAUUAUCCCACGAACCGACACCUGAACGUACACCUCUAUGUCUUCACUUCGCCAACAAGGGUCGCUGCAAUCGUGAGAACUGUCCUUUUCCGCAUGUUAAUGUGGGCGCUCGCCAAGGCGUAUGCCGUGACUUUGCUGUCCUCGGAUACUGCGAAAGAGGACUGGACUGCGACAAACAGCACGUUAGGGAAUGCCCUGAUUUUGCCGAGAAGGGUACCUGUACAACCAAGGGGUGCAAGCUUCCUCAUGUCAUCAGGGCUAACCGCAACAAGAAACCUGUAGCAAACACAGGUGAUCCAGCAAGCUUAAUCUACAGUGAUCCUACUCCCUCGACAACCCCCGGAUCUGGGUCUAAUGGUAACUCCCUUGAGAAACCUUCGUUUGCUGAUAGCCAGCUUGGCGAUGAGUAUGUAUCACUGACUUUCAUCGAAAGUGACGAAGAUGACAGCGAAGAAGAGGAGGAGGAGGAUGCCGAUGUCGAUGAUGAACAGAACGCUUCUGAAUCUGAAAUACAUCAACCAGAGUAGCUAUGCUUGUAUUCUAUCCAGACUUUUUCAAUAUGUAUACCUUUGAAUUCGCGA